GCGAGCUCGUAGAUACGUCAGCGAACUACAAGCCGACUUCACACUGGUCAUGCUGUUGGACCACCUGGAUGAGUCGUACGUUCUCCUGAAACGCCUGAUGUGUUGGGACCUGAGAGACAUUCUAUACAUCACUAAGAACAACCGAAGUUAUUCGUUCAAGGAGUACACUCCCUCUGAAAAGGAGGUACAGGAGCUCCGCCGGUGGAAAGCCGUGGAUUACUUAAUUUAUGACACGUUCAACAAGUCCUUGUGGGAGAAGAUUGCAGCACAAGGUCCGGACUUCUUUGAGGAAGUGCAUUAUUUCAAGGACGUCAAUACGCGCGUCAACACGUACUGUAACGAACGACAGGAAAACACAUCCAACCUCAUCGUGGAAGCGGCCAAGUGGAAUUCACUGCAGUUUGAAGUCGACGCCGAGUUUUGCCGUGUGCUGCAAACACUAGUAAGUACCAUCUUUGUAACGUUUAAAUGGUAAGAUAUAUUCAUACAUCGUUUAUACAGCCAUAACGUGAUUUGUUAAUGUGGUAGAAACCUAUGCGUUGAGGAUCGGCCAAAUAAUCAUUCUUUUACGAAUGUUUAUAUUUAGA